CACUUGUAGCUUCCGGUUCCGGGGAGGAGCCAAGUUUACUUGGACGAGUAGUUAGGGUCUUGUUGAGCUAGCCGCGAUGGCUGUGACCCAUCUUCUCUUGUUCGGGGGUUUGUGGAGUGUUGUGGAGACGUCCAGUCUGGCUGUCGUUACUUGCGGCUCUGUGGUGAAGUUACUCAAUACGCGCCACAACGUGAGGCUGCACUCACACGACGUGCGCUAUGGGUCAGGCAGUGGGCAGCAGUCAGUGACAGGUGUGACCUCUGUGGAUGACAGCAACAGUUAUUGGAGGAUUCGGGGUAAGACUGACACGGUUUGUGAGAGGGGAACCCCUAUCAGAUGUGGCCAACCCAUUCGUUUGACACAUGUCAACACUGGCCGAAACCUCCACAGUCACCACUUCACCUCACCUCUUUCUGGAAAUCAGGAAGUGAGUGCAUUUGGUGAGGAAGGUGAAGGUGAUUAUCUGGAUGACUGGACAGUGCUCUGUAAUGGGCCUUACUGGGUGAGGGAUGGUGAGGUGAGGUUCAAGCAUUCUUCCACCGAGGUUUUGCUGUCUGUCACAGGAGAACAGUAUGGUCGACCCAUCAGUGGACAAAAAGAGGUACAUGGCAUGGCCCAGCCAAGCCAGAACAACUACUGGAAAGCCAUGGAAGGCAUCUUUAUGAAACCUAGUGAUUUGUUGAAGGCAGAAGCCCACCACUCAGAGCUAUGAGUCUGGAGGUUGUCAGUCACUGUCACCACACAGUGUUCAUAGAUGUAUGCUGCUGAUUUCACCCUGGGAUUCCUGCCACAGCAUCUCAGGACAGUGGACAUGUCACCAUUGAGUUGAAGAUGCAUGACAGAAAACAGUGGCUGUGUAUUUGGAAGUUUCGGCUCCACACCUGAAUGCUUUUUUCUAAAGGUGGAUAAUUUUUUUUCUGAAUAUGGGACUCGCUGGUAAAGGAGCAGAUGCUUUUUAUUCGCGUUGGUUAAACAAAAACGAGGAGACAUCCCUCCUAAAACUGGGAAUUUUUUUACUCCUCAAGUUUGGCAUCACGGAUUAUUCAUGUGUGUAACUCCCUUUUUCCAAAAUGAUAAAGAAUCCAAUUGUUAGCCACUGUUGUAUUAGAUGUACUAUUUCAAAAUAUGAUUAAUCCUUGCGUCCUAAUAGGUAUUGAUAUCAUUCUGAGAUGUUCAAAGUCUUGUUACAGCAAAACCUUUUCUUUUUCUUUUUUUCCCAAUAUUUUGGUUACUCCCAAGUGUUCUUGAUGGGGUGAGUAAACCAUCCACGUAGUGUUCGGGUGCUCCUGCAUGCAUGCAAAUUAUUCACUUUAGCUCUCUGAGCUAUCUCCCUGGCCCCACAUCUAAACUUUUUUUUCUUUCGCAGCACGGGAGUGGGGUAGUACGAAGGGAGACAUCAGAGGAGGCUGGAGGACCCUCCCUGUGAUUCUUGGCCAACUGGCUGGAACUUCAGUGUUAGGGUCCUGCAGUGAUCAGGGGGAUUACCCAGGCCACAGCUCAUAGUGCUGUGGGACCUGUGGGGGAUAUGCAAUACUCAGGGUAUAAUGUGGUACCAAGGAUGGCACUGUGACUGGCAGCAUGCAAGACACUGACCUGCACCCUGUGCUGUGUCUGGCUAAAUUUUUUUUCUUUCACUUAAUCCCCCAGCAAAUCACCUAUCUUACUUUUUUUGUUAUUAAAUAGCCAAUGAAAUGUGGUAUUCUGGAUGUUUCUAUAGUUGAGGAAAGGGUAGCAGUAAGUUACUUACUUACUGCUAAAUAAUUAUGUUAUCUUAACUAUUUAACCUUCGCAGAAGCCUCAGGGUAGAUUUAGAAAAGUAAUUGAUUGAAUUCUUAAAGCUAGUAAAUAAUUUGAUGGGCUGGAUCGGAGAUAUAACUCAGUAGUGGAACACUUGCCUUGCAUAUGAAGCCUGGGUUUGACCACUAGAACUGCAAAAAAUAAAGGUGGGGCAGUGUCAGAGGGAUUGUACAGCAGGUAGGGGACUUGCCUUACAUGUGACUGAUCUGGAUUUGAUGCCUGGCACCCCAUAUGGUCCCCUGGGCCCUCCAGGCGUAUCCUUGAGUCCAGAGCCAAGAGUAAGCCCAGCGUACACCUGGGUAUGGCCCCAAAACAAAAAAACAAAGGAAUCCAGCCGUCUGCUACAUAUUCUUUUUACGUACAACAAUUAUGUUAGUUCCUUUUUACCUACAAUGGUUAUGUUAGUUCUUGGAAGAAAACUACUUUUUGGAGGGCAAGUGUCGGAAUAUCUUUCUCUGAAAGCAAGUGUAGAAAACCUCUUUGGGGGACUGGAGUGAUAGCUCAGUGGAUAGGGUGUUUGCCUUGCACACAGCCGGCCCGGGUUCGAUUCCCAGCAUCCCAUAUGGUCCCCUGAGCACCUCCAGGGGUAAUUCCUGAGAGCAGAGCCAGGAGUAAUCCCUGAGCAUCGCCCGGUGUGGACCCCCCCCCCAAAAAAAGAAAAGAAAACUUCUUUGGUCCUUAAAAGAGAACAUUUAAAUUCCUAGUUGAUUCCAGGUUUGCUUCAUUGUCCGUCAAGCACAGUCAUAGCAAACAUUAUGUGUCUAGAAUCUGCUGGGAUUUCAGUGAUGGAUUUCAUCACACGCAAGCGAUGCUCAGGGGUUAUUCCUGGUAUUGCACUCAGGAAUUACUCCUGGUGGUGCUCAAGGGACCAUAUCGGAUGCUGGGGAUUGAACCUGGUCGGCAGUGUGCAAGGAAAAUGCUCUGCACUAAUGCUCUGACCUCAGCCGUUUUAUUUUAAAGAUUUUCUCAUCCUUUUUUUUUUCCUUUUUGCUUUUGGGUGAUAGCAUUGAACAUUUGGGGGCCUGAGAAAUAGUACAGUGGGUAAGGUGCUUGGGUUCUAUCCCUAGCAUCGCAUAUGGACUCCUUAGCCCUGCCAGCAGUGAUGCCUGAACACAGAGCCAGAAAUAAGCCUGAGCACAGCCUAAAACCAUAAAGUUAAAAAAAAAAAAAAAAAGAAAA